CACACUGAGUCCUUCCUGCUCGCUCGCUCGCUAGCUUAGCUUAGCUUAGCUUCAGCUGUUGUUGGCAGUCCAAGUGGUGCAUUUGUCAUCCUCUAGGCUAUCCCUUACCGAAGUCGAGUCGUGUUCAGGAGCUUUUCCAGUAGCCAUAAUAACAAGAGCUGCGACUUAUACCGGUAGUUAUAUCAGAAAGGCUUCCGAACCUCUGGGAUAUGGCCAGACAAGAGCAAGUCCUCCAGCUUGAGCCACCACACGAACUGAAAUUUAGAGGUCCAUUUACAGAUGUCGUCACGGCUACCCUAAAGCUAAGCAACCCAACAGAUAGAAAUGUGUGUUUUAAAGUGAAGACGACAGCGCCUCGUCGAUACUGUGUCCGUCCAAACAGUGGCAUCAUUGACGCAGGCACCUCCAUCAAUGUAUCUGUUAUGCUACAGCCUUUCGACUAUGAUCCUAAUGAAAAGAGCAAACACAAAUUCAUGGUGCAGUCCAUGCUUGCUCCCUAUGACAUGACUGACAUGGAUCAGGUGUGGAAAGAAGCAAAGCCGGAGGAGCUGAUGGACUCAAAGUUGAGAUGCGCAUUUGAGCUGCCGCUAGAGAAUGACAAAACUCAUGAGAGUGAAAGCCACACAAAUGUGUCCUCUACCCCCAUAAAGUCAGAGCUCUCCUCACUCCCUAAGUCGGCCAGCUCCUCCCUGGAUGACGGCGAGGUGAAGAAGAUCAUGGAGGAGUGCAAGAGGCUCCAGAUGGAGGUCCAGAGGCUACGUGAAGAGAACAAACAGAUCAGGGAGGACGAUGGCCUGCGGAAGAGGAAGGUCACAUCCAUGGCGUCCUCCCCCCAUUCCUCAUCCUCCCAGGCCAUGAUGAAGGAGGAGGGCCUGAGUACCCGGGUGUUGGCGCUCUGCGUGCUGUUCUUCGUCAUUGGAGUCAUCAUUGGGAAAUUGGCCCUGUAGAGACAGCCAGUGGCAGCAUGCUUGGAGGACCGAUCAAAACCACAACGGGAUUUUUUUUUUUUUUUUGCAUAAUGUAAUAUCACAUGGGUUUAUUUGAGUAGUGAAAUUAUUUAACAUAAAAAAUUUGAAGGUAAUCAAGUUUAAUAAUGAAAAGAACAAAUCACAAGUUGUCUUGCCUUUGGAAUCACUCUCCGUCCCUCCAUCCCCAUGGCACAGGUACAGUACAAAUCAUUGUGUGGGGGAAGUGGCUACGUUGUGUUCUAGAAGUAUCAAUAAUAGCAACGUGUUCUAGUAAGGCCAAUGCUUUUCCUACUGCAGAACUAAUGUGACUGAGUUCUAUAAUGUUGUGUGAAUGUUUUAAUCACUGCUUUUUUAAGGCAAGGUCUGUACGCUGUGUGUGAGUCGAGAGGCUGCCGGUGAAUUUUAGCAUGAACGGGCGAAUUAUGUUAAUCCUGUCAUCCAACUUCCAGUAUAAAGCGGAUUUGGGCAGUAACUGAAAAUAAAAUGUUAACCAUUAUUAUGUCCCAAACAAUUUCCGAUACAAUAGGUUUUAAAUUUUUUUUGUCAACAUUCACGUUUUGCUAUUUGUUUUCAGUCUGUCACAGAAGUGUCAUGGCACUGCAGUCAGUUGGACACAUUCAUUCAGUGAGUCUCUUAGUGGAGGGCGCAGGCUGGCUGAACGUGGUCGUUUGGUGGUAGGCCCAGUCUGUGAUGGAUAUCCCUGGGAUCAGAAUAAAAUGGGUGUCAGAGUUGCAGCUUAUCCAGAUGACCUCAAAGGAAGCCCGGGUUGGGAACCCUGAGUGGUCUGAUUUCAGGGUGUGAAAAUAUGCAACAUCCAUUUCAGACUUACAGUACACUAAAAUAUACUGAUUGGUUUGGACUCGUAACACUGCAUAUAGUUCCUUAGUACUUUUUGAGUAGUGCUUUGCUGACGUUUCUUUUUGGAGUAUCAUGUAGGCAUUGUUUUGAUGCACUAUAUUCAAAUAAAGUUCUCACAUAUGUCUACUCUGCAUAGCAUGGAAAUUACCUGAAUAGUUUUUUUCCUUUGUGUUUUAAAAUGCAAAUAUUAGUCUCCCCAAAAGGGACCAUCUCGGGACUAGCUUUCGGUUGGGGUGAUUUCUUUCGUGACUUGGUUUGUAUUGUUUUGGCUGUCAAAAGAACAACCUGUCUGUAUUUAAAACCAUGUGUUUGUGUAGCCCGAGAGGCUUUGAUUGUGGGUGACUGGAUGGAGAAAUGAGCUGUAAACACUACGUAAAAUCUGCAACAACGCUUCAGACCAUCGCAACAUGUAACCACAACAAUUGGAUACUGUUUUGUAUGUACAUAAAUAAACAAGUAAAUAAU